AUGCUGCUCACGGAACUCUUGAGCCAAAAUGCGGAAGGCAAAAAGAAGAAGAAGGACGACAGCUCCUCCUCCUCCUCUUCAUCAAGUAGCAGUUCCGGCAGUUCUUCAAGUUCCUCAUCUUCCUCAUCAAGCAGCAACAGCAGCUCCUCUUCGAGUAAUUCUUCCAAUUCCUCCGAUGGCGACAAACGAAAAGUAUGGUUCCCCGAAACCAUCGUUUCCAAGGUUUGGGAAUACGAAAGGCCGGACAAUGCCCUCUUGCCCGAAUUGUUUUACUCCAAAGUAGAAAUCAAAGAGUUCCAAGCCAAAGCCGCCACCAAGGCCCAAAAGGAUUAUGACAAACAAAUGAAAAAACAGAUUCAGGAUAUGCUGAAAUUGGCCAUGAAGGACCAGCUUGACGAAGCUCGUGCAAAUGGGGCCACGGAAGAAGAGAUUGAGGAUAUGCUUCCGCAAACACCAGAAGCCAUGUUGGCCGUUUUGGGAAAUGUACCAGAGUUUGCGGCCAUGGCACCACCGGGAACGGUACCUCCGCCACAAGCAGCAGCUUCGUCACCUGCGGCCGAUGAUAAAAAGGACAAGAAAACAAACAAACGAGAAUCCAUGACGGACGAUGACAUCUUGGGACUCUUUACGGAGGGCGACGAUGAUAAUGGCCAAAAGGAAGAGGAGCCACCCAGUCCUUCCAGAAGGUCCAGCAAAAAGAAGAAUAAGAAAGACAAGAAGAACAGUAAGGAAGAAGCAGUUUCUACUCCCGACACUACGACUUCCAAGUCAUCGUCGUCUAGCAAGAAGAAUAAGAAAAAGGACAAGAAAAAGUCCGACGACACUGACGAACCUCCACCGCCUCCCCCACCGCCACCCCCAGACGAAGACGAGAACCGAACGAUAGCCGAUGUCGGCAUGGGUAUUUUUGAAAAUGCUCAAGCGCGACAGAACUACAGCAAAGAUCUCAAUGAGUCCGAUCAUUCUUUACUGAAUGAGGUUCUGGGGACCUCGUUUUCGGAAGGAGUCGAGUUUGAUGAUUUGUUGCCGGCUGGGGGCAAACCUGGACUACUCGAACGUAGAAAUUCGGCCGAGAGUUUGGAUACCUUGGACGAACUCAGUGAUGCAGACGACUUUGAUUUGGGCGAUACCUUCAAGCAUCUAGAGGGUGUCCAAGAUACCCGUAAGUCCUGGGACAUUUUGGUGGCACGAUCAGUCGGUUUGAAUCCAAACAGUGUCGGCGAUGAGCUGGACGGAAUAUCCGAUCACCAAAAGAAAAAGAAAAGCGAGGCAAAGGAGAAAGAGAAGACAGAAAAGUCGAGAUCUAGCUCUAGCAGUGUCACGUCGAGUAGGAAAAGGUCGAGCAAAAACAAGAAAAGCGAAGAUGCAAAGAAAGACAAGAAGUCUUCUAGCAAAAAGAAAGAUGUCGAUGACAACGCGUCAGUAGAUUCCGAAAAGUCGGGAAAGUCGUCCAGAUCCAACAGGUCCAGCAAAACUCCAAAAGGAUUAACUAGGAAGCAAUCCAAAGUGAAAAAAGAUGACGACUCAUCGGCCAGAAAGAGUAAACGGACUUCCUCGAACAAAGAUAGCACAGAUGACGAAUCAUCCGCACGAAAGAUGAAGCGGAGUGCAUCCAGCAAAGAUAACAAAGACGACGACUCAUCCGCUCGAAAGAGUAAACGGAGUUCCGAGAACAAAGACAACAAAGAUGAUGACUCAUCGGCCCGAAAGUUGAAGCGGAGUUCCUCGAAGAAGAAAAAUGGCGACGAACCAUCGCCCCGAGCGCCCAAGAAAAGCACCAGUGGAAAGUUGGACAAGAUGGAACCGUUAAAAGAGGAUCAGGAACUUCCUGACGACGACAUGGAGCGAAAGCCACUUACCCGAAAGAAAAGCAAGGGCUCUUUGAAAGGAGCCACUAGAGAAAGAGAAAAGCCGAAAAAGAAUAAUAAGAAGCCGGCUAAAAGGGAAUCGCUUGCUUUGUUCCGAGAGAGUGUGACCAUUGUCGACAUGAAGCUCGAUGAUGAUUUCUAUGGUGGCAUUCUGCAAGGUGUCCAAGAAAUCUGCCAAUCGAAGUUUGGAUACAAACCGGAAGAUGUGGAAGACUUCAAGGGCAUUUGUGCUGAUUAUUACAAGGAAUGGGAAUCAAAAGAGGAGGAGGAGAGAAAUAUUUUGGAGCUUACGAUGAACGAUGGUAGCAAGGAUGAAGUAGAAAAAGCAAAAGGUCGGGUCAAGGCAUGUCGAAAAGCAUUGUCAAAGCUUCGAAAGAAGGCAAUUGAAAGGGCAGAGGAACUAUCCAGUAUAGUGCCAAUAGAAGCCAUGGUAGAGGAAGAAGACCUGCUUGUAGAAGGAGCUAUCAUUGCCGCAGCGACGCCAGAAGCUCUUGCGGAAUUCACCAGCGUCAGCAAGGAGAACGAAUCGUUAAUGCACGACCUCUUUGAAGAUUCCAAAUUGAUGAGGGAAAUGCUAAUAAAUGGUGGAGCAUCCAACAAUGAUUACGGGAAUGCUAUCAAGAUAUAUUCUGAUUGCUUUGCAAGUAGUGAUGAAUCUUAUGCAAAGCAUGCGAGAGUAAUUGCGAAAAUCGCCCUUGCUUGUGCUCUCGAAUUCGCUUCGCCAAUCAAGGAGUUUGACAGUUCCAAAGAGAUUGACCCUGUUGCUCGCUUCAAACAGUUUGCCAAGGCACAUUGCAAUGGCGACUUGGAUCCUGCCUUUCCAAACCUAUCCGUAUGGGAAAUGAGGCAUGUUGUGAGCUGUAUUGCACCGGACAAACAAAUGGAAUGGUGUCGGAAAAUGGUUUUCAAUUAUGCCCCGCACUUGACGUGCAUCACAGACCCAAAGCUGAAGUAUACUUAUAUCUUGGAUUCGGAUGUUCGAAUGAGACAGCCAGUCUGGACUGGUAGCCCAAAGACGUUCCAAAUGAUCUUGGCAGGGGGUGGAAAUACAUCGCUGAAGUCUUUGUUUGGAAGGUUCAUUCUGCAAUCUUUCGGCAUUCCAGUAUGGGGAUGCAGAUGUGGAACAGAAGAAGGGUUCACAAGAUGGACGGCUGACGGAUGGAUAGCACAGAAUGGUGCCGAGUGGAAGACCGCGGAAUGGAAUGGUCGCAGUGGAAAUGAAUUUAAAGCCGAACUGGAAGCGAGAAGCCUGUUAUCCAACAGUGACUAUCUGAAGAAGGUAGUUCUUCGGAGGUGUCUUGCGGACAUUCUCGAACCACCUUCAAAAUUCAUUCCAGAGGUGGAGUUACAUACUUUGCAUCCAGAGCGAUGUCUUCGAUCUCUGUCUCUGCUGAUAGGAGAGUGCGAACUUUCGAAGGUGGAUUCCUCGUCAAUAUCCUUUGUCCGGGAGGGAAAGCGAUUGGUUGAGAAUAAAUGUGAGACAUAUCUGGACGCAUACCAACUGGACGAACCAGAUGUUCCAAGCAGCAUUGAUAAGGAUACAGGUGUCGUGACGAUUCCAGCAAGUCAAAACACUCAAUUUGCGGGAAACAUCAUCGAGAUCGAAAGCUUUGAGGGCGGAAAGCAACUAAACUUUAUGGCCGACGGUGGAGCAGAAUACAAAAUCCCAGAUGACGCACCAGACCAGAAGUACCUCUUCCAGUGUGAUGUAUGCACUGUUUCGGAUCAGCAAUCCAGUUUGUUUGUCCAAGCGGAUUCAGGAGGAGCAAUCGAAAUUGAGAUUCCGUACACUCUUGGAGAGUGGAAAAGAAGUGACGCCGUAGAGAUUGCUCUGAAGGGAGGCGAGUCGAUACGGCUAGCACGCCCUCUGAACAGCCUAGGUCUGGCAAUACGGAGACUAGUACUAACACCAAAAUAG